AUGUCUCAAUUCCAAUUGGAACAGACAUCCGUUAUCAAGACGGCACCUCCUGGAGGCCGUCAAUUGGAAUUUCCCAAAAAUGAGCCAUUGGAUAUAACGUCUUCAAAUAUUCAAGAUUUAACGAAAAUGCAAACAUUGGAUGGUUAUUAUCAAGCAUCGAUUCCAGUCCAAUCAUAUCAUCGAAUGUAUGAAACCUCUUAUACAACACCUCAACUGAUAUCUUCCCAAACUGCUCCCAAUUUUUAUUACACGAAUGUUUUAUCAAAUAACAUCCAGCAACCACAAGAUUGGGGACGCCAGAUGGAUACAUCAGUUUCUUAUCAAAAUGUUGCUUAUCAGAGAAGUUCGACGAGUCAACAAUAUCAACAAAUAUCUGAAAAUGAGCGAAUUGUAUUCAAAGGAACUGAUAUGCCGUCCCCCGUUGAUUCUGGGAUUGGACAGGAUAUUAGUUUGUUGGCGAAUCCGAAAGAAGAGUUUUUCACGAGUUCCGAUGGGAGUAAUAUGUUGGAAAGGAGUAGUGAAAGGACGUUGAGUCAUAGAGAUUCUCCACUUAUUAUUCCGAAAAUUCACAACAAUUUGGGAUUUCAAUACGUCCUAGAAGCUCCAAUUUCAACAUCAGUACGUCGGGAUGAUGAUCGAAUGACAUAUGUGAAUAAGGGACAGUUCUAUACAGUAUCCUUGGAUUAUAUUCCGGAUAUUAGCAAAUGUUUGAAGAGUCAGACAGUGAAGAGUCAACUGAUGGUCGUGUUUCGAGAAGACAAAACGUAUGAAGAGGAGAUCAAAACGUGGCAAUCAUGGCAUGCUCGUCAGCACGUCUCCAAGCAGAGAAUUCUGGAAGUUGAUAGCAAAAAUAGUUCGGGAAUGAUUGGACAAAUCGAGGAGAUUGGAAAUAAUGCAGUUCAGUUUUAUUGGAAUCCGUCGGAUCAGAGUGGGGGAGUCAAGAUUUCCAUUGCCGUCCAAUGUCUCUCCACAGAUUUUUCAACACAAAAAGGUGUAAAGGGUCUUCCGCUGCACGUACAAAUCGAUACUUAUGACGGGGACAAUGACAAAACCCCAUUCCACAGGGGUUACUGUCAAAUUAAGGUUUUCUGUGAUAAAGGCGCUGAGCGAAAACUUCGCGACGAAGACAAACGAGCGGCGAAACGAAAAGUUCAAGAGUUCCAAUCAGCAGGAGCGUUAUCAGGUGGCGGUCGAAAGAAAUCCGAUGGAGAAUAUCAUGAGCAAUGUGAACGAAGUGAAUUCUAUCAUAUGAGAGAGUUAGAUAAGCCAGCUGCACUUUUCAUUGCUCCUGAAGAAUUCGAUAAUCGAUAUGUGGAUAGUACGAGUCUGAGUUUUGAUAUGUCUGAAAUCGAACCGAUUGCAAAGAGGCCCAGGACUUCAGAGAGGAUAAUGCUCUACGUCCGAAAACGGGACGAACAAAUCUACCAACCCCUCCAUGUCGUACCCUCAUCACUUGCCGGCUUAGCGCUAGCGAUCGCUAACAAGUUUGGAGCCGACCCGGAUAAGAUGUCCGGUGUCUACAAGCGUUGCGCGAAAGGGAUAACCGUAAAAGUGGAUGACGAAAUGCUCCGUUUGUAUUGCAACGAGGACACCUUCAUAAUCGACGUGGAACAUGCUUCAGAUGGUUCAACAGCUGCCACGUUGAUCGAAGUGGCACCCACGAAUCAGAAUGCGUAUUCGAAUUCAUAA